AUGAACACUCUGAAAACCACCUACAUCGUGCUGGAACUGAUCAUCGCCGUGCUGUCGAUCGCGGGCAACGUCCUGGUCUGCUGGGCCGUGGCCAUCAACAGCACCUUGAAGAACGCAACCAACUAUUUCCUGGUGUCCCUGGCCGUGGCUGAUAUUGCCGUGGGUUUGUUAGCCAUCCCCUUCGCCAUCACCAUCAGCAUCGGAUUCCAGGUGGAUUUUCACAGCUGCCUCUUUUUCGCCUGCUUUGUGCUGGUGCUGACUCAAAGCUCCAUUUUCAGCUUGCUGGCAGUGGCCAUCGACCGGUACCUGGCUAUUAAGAUCCCACUGAGGUAUAACAGCCUGGUGACAGGCAAGCGGGCGAGAGGCCUUAUCGCGGUGCUGUGGCUCCUGUCCUUUGGCAUUGGACUGACUCCGCUUAUGGGCUGGAAUAAAGCCAUGAGCGGUUGUCCCAACGCCACCAACGAGACGGGGGCUGACAGCAGGAUAGAGCACCACGGCUGCUUCAUCUCGUGCCUCUUUGAGAACGUGGUGACGAUGAGCUACAUGGUGUACUUCAACUUCUUCGGCUGCGUGCUGCUUCCGCUCGUUAUCAUGUUGGGAAUCUACAUUAAGAUAUUCAUGGUUGCCUGCAAGCAGCUGCAUCAGAUCGAACUGAUGGGCAACUCCAGGACCACCCUGCAGAAGGAGGUCCACGCAGCCAAGUCUCUGGCCAUCAUCGUAGGACUUUUUGCCUUCUGUUGGCUGCCCCUGCACAUCUUGAACUGCAUCACUCUCUUCCAUGAGGACUUCUCCAAAUCCAAGCCUGAGUGGGUGAUGUACAUGGCCAUCAUCCUCUCCCAUGCCAACUCCGUCAUCAAUCCCAUCAUCUAUGCCUACAGGAUCAGGGACUUCCGCUACACCUUCCGCAAGAUCCUCUCCAAGAUCCUCUGUAAGACGGACGACUUCCCCAAGUGCGCCACUGACAACAACCAGCACCUGGCUGGGGCCACCAUCAACUCUCCAGUAGCCUCCAUCACCAUAUGA